CCUGCGGACAUGCGCAAUGCACUGACCUUCCUUGUGCGGUCUCGUCCUGUAGCUAGACGAGGACCUUGAGUGUGUUGAGGAGUUUAUCACUUUAUUCUCUCAUUUUGAUUAAUCUAACAGAAACCGAACCAUGCCGGGUUCGGUGGAGGUUCCCACUUUGAACGACUUGAAUGUUGAGGAGGUAAGAACGAAUCAUAGUAUUGAGGAACAAUCUGGUUAGCAAUGCUAGCUUGCUAGUUAGCUAAAUCAGCUGCAAUUGCAGCUAGCAUAGCAAGCUAGCAUAGCAGGCUAGAUAACGCUAGUUAGAACGUUUUCUAAAUAGGCUACUACUGUACUGGCUUUCCAACAAGUUUGCUAGCUAGGUUUCGUUUGCUAGCUUUUGUGGUGAUUGGAAAGUCUUGUAUAUGCAUAGCUAGAUUGCGACAAGAUCUCUGGGUAGAAAGUUGGCUUGCGUUUGGGACAUACAAACACAGCUGUCUCGAAUAUACACAGGGUUGUUAGCUAUACCCUACAGUGCAAGAUAAGCGCUAGCUAGCGUGUUAUUGUGGAAUUAUUUCGCAAUAGCUAACUAGAUUAGGCUGUUAAUGUUUGAUAUUGAAGUAGGCUAGACAUGUCUAAAUACGGUAAGUGUAUCUGUGUUCGUGUUAAAUAGGGUCUCAUUCUUCCUUUGCGCCUGUGUAGAUCAGUGUGUCGUCUGCGGUGCUGAAGGGUGCUGCCCACCACUAUGGCUCUCAGUGUGACAAGGCCAACAAGGAGUUCAUGCUUUGUCGCUGGGAGGAGAAGGACCCAAGGAAGUGUCUGAAUGAAGGGAGGAAAGUCAACGAGUGUGCUCUUAACUUCUUCAGGUAGGUAAUCAUAGUGUUGAGCUACUAGACACCCACAUGAUAAAGGUAGGUCUGUUUAACUUGAGCAACUUCAAGGCUGUUUUAGUGUCAGGAUCAGUGAUAGUUGUGACGCGAUUUUAAGCCUUUAUGUGUUUACAUUUUUGUUGUUGUUGAAAAUAUGUGAACCCCUGUGUCAGGCUGUAUGUUUAUGAAUGGAACUGCUGAUCCACAUUCAGCUCUUAUCUCUACAAUAACUUGCUAAUCUUUGCGGUCUGCCGUUUUGAUUGAUUGUUUUUUCAACAGCUUUGUUUUCAUCCAAUGAAACUCAACCAGGGUGUUUUGACAUUGCCUUUACAACAGUGAAUGUUAUGUUUAGGUUAAACUUAGCACAUGUUUACCUUUCCGCUUCUGUUCUGCAACUGACCAACAAGAGUCAAGAGUGUGAGGCUAUAGGAUAACUAUAGCCUGCUGUUUCUCUGUCAGACAUGGGAUAUAGGUGGAAGUGGUCUGCCUGUGUUGUCUCUCUGUGGGGCAUGGCAUCUGUGUUUACAGAAGGCUGCUGUGCACUAAUAACACGAUACCGGAUGAGUGCACACAGGCACACACCUCUGCAGUGACUGGUAGCUGUCACUGAAUGGGGCAGUGCUUGACAUGCAGGCUCUCUCUGUGUAAGGUCCACAAAUAACACAACCACUUCCAAAGCAGGAACCAAUAAACAGUUCUGGUCCCAGAUGUAAACAUAGGGUUACUGAGAAUGGUAAUGCAUGUCAUUAUUGUAAUGGUGCAAGAUUUGGCAACUUAUAAUUACACCUGGUUGUUUAGGCUUUGGAGGUCCUACACCCACAUCAAAGUUGUAGCUUACUCGCAUUACAAAUGUAAAUACACCUAGGGGUAGCUAGAUAGUAGUACAUGCAUCUGUAAAGUUUUUUUUUUUUUUUAAAGUCUGGUUCCAGGAUUGUAAUAUUAUGAACCCAUGUAUUAAUUUCUCAAUAAGAAAGUAAACGCAUGUGCAGCGUGUUUGGAAAGGAAUACAUUUAGAACUGACUUUAGUUGCCUGGGAAAGAUGGAGUUGCCGGAGUGUGAUGGAGGAUAUUCUUCAAUGGCCUAUUCUCCUGAUAGGAGCCAACGGCUUAAAGAGCAACUGAAUGUGCCGAUUGGCACGUGUUUUCUGUUGCUCUUUAGAAAAACGAGAUUUCAGUCUUGGAGCAGGGUUUCCGUUAGCCGGUUAUAGCCCGCUUUUGGCCGCAUUUUUUAUUUAUUUAGAAAAGCCGGUAAAUAAAAUUAGCGCUGGCCAAUUGUCUGGGAGAAGAAGAAAAAUCUAAUUGUGAAGUAAUGCUUUUUAGGCUGUUCAUUGAUGGAAAUACCAGUCAAUGGAAAUACACUUAACUGGUCAUGCUUAUCAGUCUAUAGGUUAAUUUGCAUAAUUUUGUGGAAUUAAAUUGGCAUGUGUGUACAGUAUAUUCGUUAUGUAUCUUAUUUAUCACACGCGUACAGCAUACAGAUACAGAGCCUAGUUUCAGCAGGAAAUCUGUCAAGACAGCACAAGAGCUGCUGCUACAGCAUCUAAAACAGCAAAUACAUAGGCAACGGAAGGCAGGUUUCACCAGCGCGUCACACACCACUUUGCAAUGAGCUGGAGGCAGUAUGCAUUUAGAAAAUAUAUACUUAAUUGUUUGAAACCUGAACGUUUUACUACAUAUUAUGAGGCAUGUCUUGCCUUGCUUCAUAGUAGCCUAACCAAAAUCAGACCAUAUACGUGGAGGCAAUUAUUUUAUAUAAACUUUCUUUCAUUGUCCAGUAGCCAAAGGCACAAUCCAAGUCAUAUUAUCAACCUAUGCUAGUUGUUGCACAUAAGAUCUCCCCUCUUAAAAAAAGUGAUAUUUUCAUUCUGUCACAUUAAACCUAUUGAAUGUGCAGUGUGCUUUUGACAACUUUCUCGCUAAUUGCAUUAUGGAACGAACAUUCGCACAUAGCCUACUUCCUUGUGCGCAUUGCUGCGCUUAUAAUGUGAAGAAAUUGUUUAUCAACAUUUUAAGCUAAAUGUUCUGAUCUGUUGCGUCAGACUCUUUAAAAAUAUAUAUAUGUGUAGCCUACUGGUUGUAUGAAUUUGGGAUCUAUCGUUCCACAAUUGUCCAAUAGUCAGUUUGGAAUAGGCUAUUUCUUUCUCGACAAGCUGACCAAUAGAAUAGGUAAACUGUUCUACUAUGGGGGAUAGUAGAUUGACAUAGGCUAGUGAUUUUGCUGUUCGUUACUCGUCGUCUUAGCUGAGGAAAGGUAAAUGUGGGCAGUUAUUCUAACAUCUUCAGAAUUCGGUAAGAAGGAUCGCACAUCGUUUGCAUCCUCGACAUGCAUGUUCUGUUAAAAUUAAUUACCAUAUUCUAAAUGUGAUUUGUCAUUCUGAGCACCGUGGGUGGACGCCAUAAUCAGGUUACGCACCCAAUGCAUAUGGGUCCGGUACAUUUCUCAAAUGUCCGGUAAAUUAAAAUCCUGCCGGUCAAAUGUCUGGCGCCACAUUUUCCUAACGAAAACCCUGUCUAACCCUGCAGCGUGUUGUCUUAAACAAAGUCGGAGCUGAUGGGCAGGUCUGUCUCACUGUCUAUGCUAUUGGAUAAAGAGCAAUCACCGCAGCUGUUCGCCACAUGUUAGUGGGCAAAUGGAAUCCUCAAAUCAAAACCUAACCUUAAUUUACUUGUUGUGAUACACUGGGGUUCCAAACUCCGUUUUAGAAGAGACUGACUUUAUGACCAAAAAUUAUCCUAUUUACACUGUAGCCAAAUGACACUAGAACAACUGUUUCUGACUCAUAUUGAUGCGCCACAGGCCAUUUACAAAGGGAUCCUUUGUCCUUUAAAGGCAGUCACUCUUUAAGUAAUUAAGUAAACAGCUGCAUGGGGAUGUGAUUGUCUGAAUUGUCACCAAAAAAACAAACACCUGGUGCUUAAAAAAUGCUUACUGAUUUUUUCCUCCAGGCAGAUAAAGGGAAGCUGUGCUGAGUCCUUCACAGAGUAUUGGACCUGCCUGGACUACUCCAACCUGGCAGAGCUCCGUCAGUGCCGCAAGCAGCAGCUGGCCUUUGACAGCUGUGUGCUGGACAAGCUUGGCUGGGAGAGACCCAACCUGGGAGAACUGUCCAAGGUGAGGCCCCCGGAGCUAUACUGCCUGGAGAUUUACUGCCUUGCAGUAUAGUUCUGGGCAUUUAAAAGUUACUUGACAGUAACAUCAGGUACAUCGUUAACGUGACAAACUGUCAUAGGGUGAUGUCAAGCUCCAAGUUCAUUAGCAAUUAUUUAACAAUAACCCGACAAGAUCUGGGAGUAAAAAGUUGGCUAGUGUUUGCUAGCUAGUUAGCAAACGUUAGCUUUUUAUUUCUGUGCAACAGUCUCUGUUUGGGACAUACAAACAGCUGUCUCUAACACCCAUGGUUGUUAGCUAUACUCUACAGUGCAAGAUAAGCUAGCUAGCGUGUUGUUGUGGAAUGUGAAAAACUCUCAUAGGGUGACGCCAAGCUCCAAGUUCAUUAGCGAUCAUUUAACAAUAACCCUUGUAGUGAAAUACAUUUCUGAAAUAUGCCCCGGACGUGCAACAGUUACAUCCACUUUGAAGUAUUUUUAGUUUUUGAAUGCCCCCAACUGUAUACUGCCUGCUUGUCUGCGGUUUGCCUUUCUGUCCUCCAGCAGAAGUGUUAAAGGGAUACUACGAGAGUUUGACAUUUAGAUUGUUUUUCUACUUACCCAGAGUCAGCCAGAUUUAAAAAGCUACACAUAGUAAUCCAUAUUUUAUAAAUUCGGUAAUUUUACUGAUAGUCAUAAGAAACGAGAUUAUGUCCACUUCCUCAUUCUGUCCCGUUGUCGCAUAGAGAUGUAUAGAGAUCGAGAUCGCAAUGUUGUAUCUGUCUCAAUUGCGCUUCCCGUGCGCUCACAGAUGCCAUAAUGGGAAAGAUACAAUGUUGCGAUCUCUAUGAGACAACGAGACAGAAUGAGGAAGUGGGUAGAAUGUAGUUUCUGAUGAUUAUCAGUCAAAUUUACAAAUUUAUAAAAUAUUGAUUACUAUGUAUGGCUUUGUAAGACUAUAAAUGACCAACCACCCAGCUUUGGAGAAUAUUUUAUUUUAUUGAGAACUCCAUUAGCCAAUGGCAACAGCUAGGCUUGAGCGGUAUACCGUAUAUACCUUAUACCAGGGUAUUUGGAAAUAGCCACGGGAAGUUCUUUCAAUACUGUCAACGUUUUUUUUAUUUCAAUAUUUUUAGCUACUUACAUUUACAUUUUAAUCAUUUAGCAGAUGCACUUAUCCAGAGCAACUUACAAUGUAGAAAAUAGUAAAAAAUAAAGAAACUUUUGACUGGUACUGUGUGUGUGUGUGUGUGUGUGUGUGUAUAUAUAUAUAUAUAUAUAUAUAUAUAUAUAUAUAUAUAUAUAUAUAUAGCUGUGGAAAUAAUUAAGAGACCACUGCAAAUUGUUCUUAAAUCAGCAUCUCUACAUGUAUGACUUCCAUGCCAGUGUCUGUUGAAUUCCAACACAGGCACAACUCAUUCUACUGAAUUAGGUACUGAUUAGGUGAUCAUCUGAACCAAAUCUUAUUUAACGAGAAAAAGUAUAAAAACCACUGCUGUGGUCAUCACUAUCUUCUUGCAAUAGGACAAGCUGGAUGGCAAAAACAGUGCUAAUAGUACCUCAAAAGUCAUAUUAAUCAAAAAAUAACUAUUUACCAUGCCAAAAGAGUUGAAAAGGAAAGUUUUGAGUGAGGAAAAUAAGUGUUCAAUUCUGGCUUUACUGGCAGAGGGAUACAGUGAGCGUCAGGUUGCUUCCAUCCUUAAAAUGUCAAAGACGGCGUUUCAUAAGAACAAGGUCAAGCAGCAGACAUUGGGGACAACAAAGCUACAGACCGGCAGAGGGCGAAAACGACUCUCUACUGACCGGGAUGACCGCCAACUCAUUCGAAUGUCACUCAACAACCGUAGGAUGACAUCAAGUGACCUACAAAAAGAAUGGCAAACGGCAGCUGGGGUGAAGUGCACGGCGAGGACGGUUCGAAACAGGCUCCUAGGGGCAGGGCUGAAGUCGUGCAAAGCUAGAAAAAAGCAGGCUGAGGUUUUCAAAAGACCAUAAGGAUUGGACUGUAGAGGACUGGAGUAAGGUCAUCUUCUCUGAUGAGUCCAAUUUUCAGCUUUGCCCAACACCUGGUCGUCUAAUGGUUAGACGGAGACCUAGAGAGGCCUACAAGCCACAGUGUCUCGCACCAACUGUGAAAUUUGGUGGAGGAUCGGUGAUGAUCUGGGGGUGCUUCAGCAAGGCUGGAAUCGGGCAGAUGUCUUUGUGAAGGACGCAUGAAUCAAGCCACGUACAAGGUUGUCCUGGAAGAAAACUUGCUUCCUUUUGCGCUGACAUUGUUCCCCAACUCUGAGGAUUGGUUUUUCCAGCAGGACAAUGCGCCAUGCCACACAGCCAGGCCAAUCAAGGUGUGGAUGGAGGACCACCAGAUCAAGACCCUGUCAUGGCCAGCCCAAUCUCCAGACAUGAACCCCAUUGAAAACUUCUGGAAUGUUAUUUAUGAGUGUGCUCCUAAUCUCAGCUCGUUACCUGUAUAAAAGACACCUGGGAGCCAGAAAUCUUUCUGAUUGAGAGGGGGUCAAAUACUUAUUUCCCUCAUUAAAAUGCAAAUCAAUUUAUAACAUUUCUGACAUGCGUUUUUCUGGAUUUUUUUGUUGUUAUUCUGUCUCUCACUGUUCAAAUAAACCUACCAUUAAAAUUAUAGACUGAUAAUUUCUUUGUCAGUGGGCAAACAUACAAAAUCAGCAGGGGAUCAAAUACUUUUUCCCUCACUGUAGGUGUAUGUAAACUUCUGACUUCAACUGUAUAUAUCAGCAACACCUCCCCCAUAGGCAUUCCUGUCUCUUCUAGAUGGUAACUUAUCAGAAAUAGACCUAAUAUGGAAAAUAACUAAAGCAAGAGGGGAAAAAAGUAGUUAUGUUUAUUUCCAUGCUUUUGAAAGGAGCUGGCUACUGUACCUGGAGACUUCCAACAAUUGCGCUAAGCUAACGAUAUGCAAACUUCAAUCAUCUCAAAACUGCAAGUAGAAAAACGACCUAAAUCUCAAACCCUUCUGUGUUUCUUCUCAGGUGACAAAGGUGGACACCUCUCGGCCCCUUCCUGAGAAUGCUUACCACUCGAGACCCCGGCCGGAGCCCAACCCUGUCAUCGAGGGCCAACUGCAGCCAGCCAAGCACGGCAGUCGACUCUUCUUCUGGAGCUGGUAAAGGAGGUAGUCAGUACUCCCGGGUGGAGUUCCCCUAGGUUCAGAUCUAGGAUCAGCUUCCCCUC